UAGUAUAUAUAUUUGAGAAUACAUUAUGCAAACACUGUGAAAAAUGAAUCAUUAAUCGACCAGAUUUACAAUUUCAAGUGGCGCAACACAUUCGUCUAUAUAUGUACAAUAUGAAUUAAAAUUUUUUGCUUUCUCAUUGAGCUUCUUCAUCCGAUUCCUAUAUCGUUCCCGAGGAGAACCGCGCAGGCUUGGCGCGCAAACUCGCGACAUCCGCAUUAUCGUACGAUAUCGUAGGCCGCUGGAGACGCUGGAUCCCAUCAGUAUGCGCUCGGUCUGACCCGGGCGCGGAUCGCGGCCCCCGAAGAAGGUGCGAGGGUGCCUCCUCCUUCAAGGAGUCCAGAGCGAUGGAGCUGCGCGAGGUGAAUCGCGCGUACGGCACUGCGGAGGAAAUGACGGAGCUCCUGCCGCAGCGCGACAAUAACGCCGAGUACGAGAGCUACUUCAUCGAGUACGCGAUGCAGAAGGAGAUGAUCAAUCGGAACCGAUGCCCCGCGAGCCGACGAUUGCUCAGCCAGGCCGCACAGUUGGACAUCAAUUUUUCCAACAGCAAUCACCUCAAGGAUUCACCAUGUGCCGGAAUCAGCAUGAUCCACACCUCGAGCGAAAACUGGCCUCCCUCGAGGAAGCGCGAGGAGGCGACGGCGUUGGAGAAUCUCAGGAAGAGAGUAGAACAAAGCAAAUUGUAUAAGGCAGACCGAAUCACCGAUCAUCCUGUUGCACCCACUUCGUCCUCAUUCAAUUACGAACAAACUCAACAACAGCUAGACAAUCGGCCAAAACUUCUGAAAAAGAUACUGAGUAACCGGCCGAUGAGUAUCACGCACGACAGGAGCGACCUGGAGACCGACUGGCGCGACAGCGAAUUUAUCACCGAGUGCCUUUGUUGGCACAAUGUCUAUCGACAACGGCAUAACGCCCCGUUGACCAUGUCGCCGCAGUUGUGUGAGUACGCUCAAUCGUGGGCGAAUCAUUUGGCGCACACGAAUACGUUCUACUACAGAAAUGAUCGCAACGUAGGUCAUAAUCUUUAUUGUCGCCCCGGGGGCGGCGUUCCCGGCGAUGUCACAGGACAGGAGGUCGCGUCCUACUGGUACUCGGCCGUGAAGCAGUACGAUUUUCUUAAGGAACCAGAUGUUCUCCACGCCAACGUUAAUGCGGGCCAUUUCACCCAGCUGAUAUGGGCGAGCAGCCGCUACUUCGGGGUCGGGAAGGCUCACAGCAGGAGCGGCAAGAUCAUCGUGGUGGCGAAUUAUGAGCCGGUGGGCAACGCGUCCGGUCAGUUUCAGAGCAACGUGUUACCCCCAUUGCCGGAGAACGUGAACGCGGUGCUGAUGUCACCACAGGCGACGCCCAGGCUGGUGGUGCCCCGGGGAGGCGGCAAUUACGAGCUGCUGAGGACGACGGCGACGGCGACAGCGCCCUUGCCUCCGUUGUCGGACACCGCGUCCACCGGCAGCGACACCAUGUCCGUCAGCUCGGGCCAAUAAUACUACCGAGGUCGCGCAAAAUGCCUUCUCUGUAUCUGCACGCGAUGGGCCGGACGCUGAUGAGAUCCAAGGGUGGCCGAAGACUUGUCGCGUGCCGCCGCGAGUCGAAGACUUCCGGACACGCGAAACACGAUGACCGAUAUCUCUGUCGCGAGCCGAUGAGGUUUCCAAGGUCGUUCGAAGGUGAAAGUUUUUAUAGGGGAGACCUUCGUAAACAGGGUGUAUAUUCCCUGGAAAACCUGGAAUUUUGUUCUUGAAAAAUCCUGAAAUAUUUGAUGGGAAUUUUUAAAAAAAUUGCCUCUUUAAUUU